GCACCUGACGCCACUGAGCGUGUGCGUGUUGCGGACAAAGGGCAGGCUGCGGCGGCGCUGACGUCACGGGUUUCUAGCAUGUUCUGACGGCGACCGGAUAAAGGUUGGAGGAGGCGGCCGCGGCGGCGGGACGAGGAAGACAGCCGCCGCUCCGGGGCAAAGAGCCGCUCGCCAGCUGCGCUCUGGCUCUUCCCCUUCCCUCAGCCGGCCCAGGCCCCUCACGCUGACAGCAGGGACACUUCUACGUUCUCCAUUUAUUACUAUUUGUAUUUAUUGGUUGGAUCUGCACCGGCGUCGAGUCGCUGUCACGAUGGCCAAGUGGGGACAGGGCGACCCGCGCUGGAUCGUGGAGGAGCGGGCCGACGCCACUAACGUCAAUAACUGGCAUUGGACGGAGAGAGAUGCCUCAAAUUGGUCAAUAGAUAAAAUUAAGUCACUGUUACUCGCAGUCAGUGUAGAAAACGAAGAGGGUGUGUGCGAAGUUACAGAGGUGACUAAGAACGACGGAGAAGCUUCAAUCAACAACAGAAAAGGAAAACUGAUUUUCUUCUUUGAGUGGAAUAUCCAUUUGUCAUGGAGAGGAACUUCAAAAACUGGAAUUAAAUACAAAGGAACUGUUGAGAUACCAAAUCUAUCCGAUGAAAACGAUAUUGAUGAAGUGGAUGUUAUUGUUGGUUUAGCAAAAGAUGAACCUGACACAAAACUAUUGGAUCUAAUGAAAACUGAUGGUGCAGAUAAGAUCAGGAAGGCACUUCUCAAAUAUGUUGACACACUGAGAUUAGAAUUUACUCAUGGAAUGAUAUUGCCAACAAUUAAUGGAGUUCAGACAGAACAGCCACAGUCCAAGUCCAAGAUGGAUCUGCAGGUCAAGGCUCCUACAUCGCAGUUACAUGUCCAGUCUAACUCGGUUGCCGUGAAGAUUCCAACCUGCAAAAUUAACUUAAAAGAUGAGUUUAUGACGUCGCCAGAAGAGCUUUACAAGAUCUUUAUUACAGAAGAGCUUGUCCAGGCUUUCACACAUGCGCCAGCAGCUGUAGAAGCGGCCAAGGGAGGCAAAUUUCGAUUGCUCGAAGGGAAUGUCAUUGGAGAAUUCUUGGAACUGGCUUCCGAGCAACGGAUUGUUAUGAAGUGGAGGUACAAAUCGUGGCCAACUGAACAUUAUGCAACCAUUACGCUGACAUUUACGGGCAAGAAGGAUGGAACGGAACUUCAAGUAGACUGUCGAGGUGUUCCAUUAAGCGAGGCAGAUCAGACAAAAGCAGGCUGGCAACGUUAUUACUUUGACGGCAUUAAGCAAACUUUUGGAUACAACGUACGACUGUUCUAAUGGGAUAGUUCCUCAAACCCUGAGAUAACACAUGAUGACAGAAAAGCUUUAGAUUUUUGUUCAUUUCACUGUUCUGUUCAUUCUUUGUUUACAGUCCAGCCAACCUGCAACUAUGAUAGGUUUAAAGUAUUCAUUACCAGUGGAAUGUUAACCAGCUGUUAAAUUUCAAUUCAGUAAAUCUUGGCUAAGAAUUGGCACGUGCUGUGAAAUUUUAAGUUCAGUUACAUCUAAAUUCACUCUGGUACUAAUGUAUAAAAUGCCAGUUGAGUGUUGAAUAGUAACUGCAUUGUUCAGUAAAGUUUUGGGCCUCUAAUGAAUUGAUCAAUGUCUUGCAUGAAAGAUUAAUUUCAGAUUGGGCAAAAAUUCUCUAAUUACCCAUCAGUUCUUCCAUGUCUUUCAAUUCAUCUCCAGUGCACCUAGCACAGUUAGUACCGGACCCGAAGUUCCAUGGCUAUUCAGAAGUUGAACUCACCAGCCAGCUUUGUAUCCAAUGUUAUUCUGAAAUUUAUAAUUGUAUAAAAGCUAGGAGUGCAAGUCAAACUAAAUAUCUUUUCUUUUUUUCAUGCUCCUUUGAGCAGCUGGUGUAGCAUCAUUUUCAGCUGAGUCUUGAGUUUCUAGCUUUGAACAGACCACUGUCAAGAAAUUGAGAUAAAAUUAUUGCUUUCAAAAUAGACUGGUGUCUUUAACUAAAUGAUCCCGUAAACUAUGCUGCAUUUUCCUAAAAUCCUGCUUCAUUAUUGCGUGGAAUUAGAUUUAGCUAAGCAAAUUCUAUGGUCAGUGGAAAUUCUGCAGAAUGGGAUGCUUACCAUUUUCUAUAAAAUUGCUGUAAUCUAAGCUUGUUAAUAAAAGAAUCAAGACAAUAGUGCUUUGGUGUGGGACAAGGCCAGGUUUCUCCUAAACCUGAACAUUAGAGGGGAGAUGAGAGAGUGAUUAGAAUUUAAAAUAAUAUGGUUUUACUGUUCAUUUACUUCUCCUGCUGGUUAAUUGGUUUUCCUUGAACUGGGAUCCUGCCUUAUAAUUCUGUUAUUUGUUUAAAGCCUUGCUUUCCUAAAGAUUAGACAAAGUUCAAAUGACGUCUAAUUUGAACAAAACAAAAACAGCUAUUUAACUGUCCUAAUCAAUAAAAAACACACGGCCACCCAAAGUGGUUGGGAUUUAGAAUUUUCCAGCUGUGUUUUGCCAUGGGUUAAGUCAAUUACAUUGAGGAAUAGAGAACAUGUCUUUUGUAUGGAGUAGACCACUUGGGCCAGAUAAACAGCACCAUUUGAAGGAGCUAGUGUGGGAUCUUUCCAUUCUUGACCCAAGUGACAGUAAUCAAAUAUUGCUUUCACAAAAUGUCACGUAGCUAUUUAUUUGUAAUGGUACUGAGCUGAUCAAACUACACGUAGAUAUCUUGUGCCUUUGUGGGACUAAAUUUUAAGCUUGAUCUGUUAUGCGGUUUGGGAUGCUUGACUGGCAGACAAUUGGAGGCUGGUCGUCUAUCCCCAUUACUGUCACGUUGCUUUAUUAAAUACAAUUUCUACUUAA